CUCACCAAUCACAAAAGAGAAUAGUGCCACGUGGAAAACAACCACCUUACCUUCACACUUCUUCUUCUUCUCCUUCGGCAGACCAUCCAAAGGCCACAUCAUCUCUUUCCACCAUGUCUGCAGCAUUGAGCUCGUCUCUCUACAUUUCCCCAAAGAAACCUUCAUGUCCACAACAAUCUCAAUCCACAUUCUUAUCCACGAAACCAACCACCAUCAAAACCAAUCUCCAUAGCCAUCCUCUCUUCACUGUAGCUGAUCAGACAGUAACCCUCCAGAUGAAAGAGAAGAUCCUCUGUCUCGAGCUAAUGGGAAUUGACUCAGGAAAAGCCCUUUCUCUCAACCCAUGUCUCUGCUCAGCCCCCCUUGACUCCAUCCAAUCCGUCCUCCAUUUCCUUCAAUCAAAAGGAAUCUACCCAAAUGACCUCCCAAGAAUCUUGGGGAUGUGUCCUAAGAUCCUCACUUCCGACGUCAGAACAGAACUGUACCCUGUUUUCAUGUUCCUGUCGAAUGAUCUCCAUGUCCCUGAGAAUGCGUUCAGAAGAGUGAUCAAGAAAUGUCCAAGGCUCCUUAUUAGCAGUGUAGAAGACCAGCUCAAACCUGCUCUCUUCUACUUGCAGAGACUUGGUCUCAAGGAUCUUGAAGCUCUUGCUUACCAAGAUCCUAUCUUGUUGGUGUCUAGUGUUGAACACACUCUCAUCCCAAAGCUUAGAUUCUUGGAGAGUAUAGGGUUCUCAAGACCAGAAGCGAUUGGAAUGAUCCUAAGAUGUCCAGCAUUAUUCACAUUCAGCAUAGAGAACAACUUCAAACCAAAACUGGAUUACUUCAUGAGUGAGAUCAAAGGAAAACUAGAGAAUCUAAAGGAGUUUCCACAGUAUUUUGCCUUCAGUCUAGAGAAAAGGAUAAAGCCAAGACACUUAGAAUCAAUGGAGAGAGGAUUAGAGUUGCCACUGUCAUUGAUGCUUAAGAGCACUGAUGAAGAGUUCGAGCAGUUGCUCACAAACCCCUCUUCAGUGGCAAACGUGUAACAUUUAUUGUAUAGUGGUGAAUGUUAUUGAUUGUGUUCAUAGCUUUGUUGUGUACUUGUGUAAAAAAUAAAAAAUCAAUUUGGUGAAAUAUUCGUUUGUUUCAACUUUCAAACGUGGGCUAAGGUGUGUAUUAUUGGGCUUAAAGUGGGCCUCUUGCUAGGAAUUUUAUGAUUUCGCGG